AUGUAUCUUGACACUAGCUCUGCUAUUACUACUGAUAUUGUUGUUUCAGAAGAUGCAAAGUUUCGAUAUUCCACAUCAUCUAGUAAUGAGAUUUGUGAAGAGAGUUCUUGCACUAAUAUAGUUGAGAAAUCCAUAACAAAUUUGCCACAAUUGCCUUCUAUAGUAUCAACUCAAAAUCAAUCGAAUAAUUCUGAACAAUUUUCAAACAUU